CGCGUGUACCUCGACGUCUCCAUCGACGGCGCUGACGCGGAGCGCAUCGAAUUUGUAUUGUACGCCGACACGAGCCCGCUCGCGGCGGAAAAUUUCCGACGAAUGUGCGUGGGCGAACCUUCGGAAGAGUAUACAUGGGUCGGUUCGAAGUUUUAUAGAAUUCUCGACCGAUUCAUUGACCAGACAGGGUCGCACACCGCCUCGGGAAGUGCUGUGAAUCCGGGAAAAGCGUUCGACGACGAUCCCGGCGGCUUGCGACUCAAACACGACCGGCCUGGUUUGCUAAGCGUCGCCAACGCCGGACCAAACACCAACACAGGGCACUUUAGUAUCGUCAUGGCCCCAGCGCCGCAUUUAGAUGGCUCGUACGUCAUCUUUGGCGAAGUCGUCGACGGCAUGGAGCACGCUUGGGCGAUCAACAAGUUGGCCUCUUCCGACGGCGAGCCCACGGGCGAGGCAAAAAUCGUCCGCGCCGGCGUCCUA